AUGAGUCGAUCAAGGUCUCGCAGACUGCAGCAUGCAGAUGUCGAAGAAUGCCCUCAUGAUCCAACCUUACAGGAGGAUAGCGCUACCAAGAAGCCCGUGACGGCUGAGGAAGCCCUGGAAAUUGCUAUUGGAGAAAGUCAAGAUGUCGAGUACACAAUUGACUCGGAUAACUCUCCCUACCUGGAGGUCCGCGCCAAUGUACCUAAUACAGAUGAUCCCACGUUGCCCAUAAAUACCUUUCGGAUGUGGUUCUUGGGCGUUGUGUUUACCUUAGUCGGUACCGGUGUGAACCAAUUCUUUUCUAUGCGCUACCCCAGUGUGACAAUCACCUCACUCGUAGCUCAACUUAUAAGUUACCCCGUAGGGUGCCUUUUUGCGAAAGCGCUACCUAUCGUGAAGGUCCGCGUGUUUGGUCGGGUGAUCGAUAUUAACCCAGAUCAUCAUUUCAAUAUCAAGGAGCAUGCGGUUAUCACGAUUAUGUCCAAUCUUAGCUUCAAUCAAUCUUGGGCCAGUGCUAUCAUACAGGCACAGAAAGUAUACCUAGGCAUGCCGACCCCCGUGGGCUAUCAGAUCUUGCUGGCUUUGUCGAUGCAGCUGUUCGGUCUUGGUCUUGCUGGGCUAUCCUACAGAUAUAUUAUAGAGCCACCACAUAUGAUUUGGCCCUCUACUUUGGCCAAUGCAGCUUUAUUCCAAACCUUGCAUAGUGGUGCAAACCCCAUAGCCGAUGGAUGGAGAAUCUCUCGGUAUCGGUUCUUCUUGUAUGUUUUCAUUGGCAGCUUUUGCUGGUAUUGGCUCCCCGGAUAUUUGUUUACUGGGCUGAGUACUUUUGCUUUCAUCUGCUGGGCGACUCCAAAUAACAAGGUGGUGAACAACUUGUUUGGAAUGACGACAGGUCUCGGAUAUAUGCCUACUACAUUUGACUGGAGUCAGAUCGCCUACAAUACUUCGCCGCUAACAAUACCGUUCUGGGCACAAGCAAAUGUCUUCGCCGGCUGGUUUUGCAUUUUCGCUGUCACUGCACCGAUUUUGUACUAUACCAAUACCUGGUACACUGCCUACCUACCUCUGACCGGCUCUGAUGCGUACGAUAACACCGGCAAUCUCUACAAUUCCACUCGUAUUCUAAAUGAUAAAGGUGCGAUUGACGACGCCAAAUACCAGGGCUAUAGUCCCAUUUUCUUGCCUGUCACAUUUGCACUGAGCUAUGGGGUCGGGUUCGCCGUCCUGAGCUGUCUCUUGACUCAUGUGGCCCUUCAUCACACCAAAGAUAUUAUCGACACCUUCAGGGGUCAAAAUAAGAAGGACAUCCAUGCACGGUUGCUUUCACAUUACCCUGACGUUGCAUGGUGGUGGUAUGCAGGUUUGACAGCCAUCGUCGUGGCUGUUGCCAUCAUGGUCCAGUAUGUCUGGGACACAGGACUUCCCUUUUGGGGUCUUUUCAUUACCCUCGCUCUGGCCGCACUCUAUGUGAUCCCUGUUGGGACUGUGUAUGCCGUAGCGAACCUAAACGCCAAUGUUUUGACCGUGUUAGGUGAAAUUGUUUCCGGGUACCUUCUCACGGGAAAGCCGCUAGUCCUUCUGAUAUUCAAGUUCUAUGCGUACACCGGUCUCAGUCAAGCAAUGUAUUACGGUGCUGACAUGAAGCUCGGUCUGUACAUGAAGAUUCCGCGCCGAACACUGUUUGCCGCACAGCUCGUUGCCUGCAUUCUCGGCACCUUAACCCAAAAUGGCGUUCUAUUGUGGAUGCUUGGACACGUCAAGGAUGUAUGCUCAAGUGAUCAGCCCGACAACUUCACUUGCCCUCAAGGGCGAGUUAACUAUAACAGUGCGGUAUUUUGGGGAGCGAUUGGACCCGCCCGACUGUACAAUAUAGGGCAAAGGUACUCUGGACUUCUACACAUGUUCUGGAUCGGUGCAUCGCUCCCCAUAAUUACCUUCUUCCUCCAGAAAAAGUUCCCCAAUAACCGCUUGCUGAACGCGGUUCAUUGGCCAAUUUUCUUUGCCGGAACGGGAAACCUACCACCGGCGACCGGUAUCAACUAUUCCACAGCAUUUGUGGUUAGUUUAGUUUUCAACAAGAUCAUCAAAGGUCGCAGACCGAAUUGGUGGGCCAAAUACAACUAUGUGCUAUCAGCGGCCCUUGACUCCGGGGUCGCAGUCUCUGCUAUCUUGAUUUUCUUUUCAUUAGUGCUCCCUGGAACCUUUGGCGAGAAGGUUUGGUCGUGA